GAGGUCCGCGAGGCGGUCGUUAGUCUGGCGGGAUUUCGGUGCCCUGAGUCCGGGUGCCACCCGCUGGCGUGGGCCUGCAGCCCACGUUACCUUGUCUGCUCUUCAGGGCCCUUCUGCGGACUAGAGGUCCCGGCAGCUCACUCGGGGCGCUGCCUUUUAAAGGCCGUUGGUGAGCUGGUCCUCCAGUUGGUUGUGUUUACUUUGACUUCUGUGUCGUGUUUGCAGGAAAGCCCGAUUACCACAUGCCACUCACUGCACCUCGGGCUGCGAUUUCUAAGGACUUAAAGCAAACUAAUGUUCUCUUCCCAUUCCAUACGGAAAGGAACACGGAAAGCAUAUGUGAAAACAAAGACAUGAGGCUUGAAAAGGGAGGAGUCUUUAUUCUAGUGUGAUAGUUUUUAUUCAUAUUAUCAGUGAUACAUCCAUUCAGCAAAUUCUUAAUAAGGGCCCACUUAAUAACUGAGGAUAUGGAAACAGACAAGAGACUGGAAAACAUAAGCGGUUUCUUUAGGAUGAUGGUCUCGUUUGUUCACUGAUUUCACCCAUUCAGCAAAUAUUUACCGAGGACUCUGUCCACUACGACCUGGAGAUCCAGUGAUGAGCAGAACCUCACAGCUUCUGCCUUCACAGAGUUUGUAGCCUCAUGCCUGUGAAAAGCCUCAGGCUUUGAUUAAUUACUAUUGUCAAGAGAGAUAUUUCCAUCAUGUGCUAAUGGUUGCCAGUGAAGGAAUUAAGAGAUACGGCAGUGACCCAGUCUUCAGGUUUUAUCAUGCCUAUGGUACAUUAAUGGAAGGUAAAAUUCAAGAAGCUCUUCGAGAAUUUGAGGCUAUUAAAAAUAAACAAGAUGUAUCACUUUGCUCUCUAAUUGCACUGAUAUAUGCCCAUAAAAUGAGUCCUAAUCCAGAUAGAGAAGCUAUUUUGGAAUCAGAUGCCAGAGUGAAGGAGCAACGGAAAGGAGCCGGACAGAAAGCUUUGUACCAUGCAGGCUUAUUUUUAUGGCACAUUGGUCGUCAUGAUAAGGCCAGAGAAUAUAUUGACAGAAUGAUCAAAAUGUCGAAUGGUAGUAAAGAGGGACAGGUUUUGAGAGCAUGGCUUGAUAUUACAAGAGGAAAAGAACCUUAUACUAAAAAAGCACUAAGGUAUUUCGAAGAGGGAUUACAAGAUGGAAUUGAUAUUUUUGCUCUUCUGGGUAAGGCACAAUGCCUUCACAUGCGUCAGAAUUAUUCAGGUGCUUUGGAGGCUGUUAACCAGAUAAUUGUCAGCUUUCCAAGCUUCCUUCCUGCUUUUGUAAAGAAAAUGAAAUUACAACUUGCCUUGCAGGAUUGGGACCAGACAGUUGAGACAGCACAAAGGUUAAUGCUACAGGAUAAUAAAAAUGUAGAGGCAUUAAGAAUGCUGGCACUUUACUAUUUGUGUAGGGAAGGGGAUAUAGAGAAGGCUACGGCCAAGCUGGAAAACUUAGGAAAUGCACUGGAAGCCGUGGAACCACAGAAUGCUCACCUUUUUUAUAAGAUCACAAUAGCCUUCAGCAGAACUUGUGGACGUAAUCAGCUCAUUCUUCAAAAGAUUCAAACAUUAUUAGAAAAAGCUUUUAGCUUAUCCCCUCAUCUUUCAGAAUUUGCUACAGAACUUGGAUACCAAAUGAUUUUACAAGGAAAAGUUAAAGAGGCGUUAACGUGGUAUAAGACUGCAAUGACGCUUGAUGAGACUAGUGUUUCUGCGCUAAUUGGAUUUAUUCGAUGUCAGUUAAUGGAAGGGCAGUUACAGGAGGCAGAUCAGCAGCUAGAAUUUCUUAGUGAAAUUCAGCAGUCCAUUGGAAAAUCGGCGGAAUUAACCUAUUUACAUGCAGUUCUAGCAAUGAAGAAAAAUAAGCGACAAGAAGAAGUUAUUGGUUUGUUAAAUGAUGCCCUGGACACUCAUUUUUCACACUUGGAAGAUUUACCACUUGGCAUACAGUAUUUCGAGACAUUAAAUCCCGAUUUCUUACUAGAAAUUAUUACAAAAUAUCUGAAUUUCUGUCCAGUGCAGCCUUUAAGUCCUGGGCAGCCUCUUUCACCAUUUCUUAGACGUUGUGCCUCAGUCCUUGAGACUAUUGUAAGAAGUGUACCAGGUCUUCUGCAAGCCGUCUUUCUAAUAGCAAAAGUGAAAUAUUUAUCAGGUGAUAUUGAAGCAGCUUAUAAUAACCUGCAGCAUUGCCUGGAACACAAUUCCUCUUAUGCGGAUGCUCAUCUCCUGAUGGCUCAAGUUUAUUUGUCUCAAGAAAAAUUCAGAUUGUGUUCUCAGUCUCUUGAACUUUGUCUGAGCCAUAAUUUUAAGGUGAGAGAAUAUCCUUUAUAUCAUUUGGUAAAAGCUCAGUCACAAAAGAAAAUGGGAGAAAUAGCAGAAGCAGUUAAAACUCUCCAUAUGGCAAUGAGUUUACCAGGAAUGAGGAGAAUUGGAGCUUCCUCAAAAUCUAAAUCCCGAAAAACUGAAAUUGAUGCAAGCCAUCGUUUAUCCAUCUUCCUUGAGUUGGUAGAGGUUCACCGCUUAAAUGGAGAACAGCAUGAAGCAGCAAAAGUUUUACAAGAUGCCAUCCAUGAAUUUUCUGGAACCUCGGAAGAAUUGCGUGUUACUAUUGCUAACGCAGACCUAGCUCUGGCCCAAGGAGAUGUUGAGAGGGCCUUAAGCAUGCUUCGAAAUGUGACAUCUGAACAGCCUUAUUUUAUAGAAGCCAAAGAAAAAAUGGCAGAUAUUUAUCUCAAGUACAGAAAAGAGAAAAUGUUAUAUAUCACUUGUUAUAGAGAGGUUGCUGAGAGAAUGCCCUGCCCUCGUUCCUUUCUUCUCCUUGGUGAUGCGUACAUGAAUAUCCAGGAGCCUGAAGAAGCCAUAGUAGCGUAUGAGCAAGCACUAAAUCAGAACCCAAAAGAUGGAACUUUGGCAAGCAAAAUUGGGAAAGCCCUAGUCAAAACUCACAACUAUUCAAAGGCCAUCACUUACUAUGAAGCUGCCCUGAAGAGUGGACAACAGAAUUAUCUUUGCUAUGACCUGGCUGAACUUUUAUUAAAAUUGAAAUGGUAUGACAAAGCAGAAAAAGUUCUUCAACACGCUUUGGCUCAUGAACCGGUAAGUGAACUGUCAGCUCUCAUGGAGGAUGGACGUUCUCAGGUUCUUUUAGCAAAAGUGUACAGUAAAAUGGAAAGACCUGGCGAUGCAGUCGCUUCCCUACAGCAGGCUCGAGAAUUACAGGCUCGAGUACUGAAACGUGUUCAGAUGGAGCAGCCAGAUGCCGUCCCUGCACAAAAACAUUUAGCAGCUGAAAUUUGUGCAGAGAUUGCAAAACAUUCUGUUGCUCAGAGAGACUAUGAAAAAGCAAUUAAGUUUUAUAAAGAGGCUCUUGUUCAUUGUGAAACAGAUAAUAAGAUAAUGUUGGAAUUGGCCCGAUUAUACCUGGCACAAGAUGACCCUGAUGCCUGCCUGCGACACUGUGCACUGCUUAUCCAGAGUGACCAGGACAAUGAAGCUGCUACCAUGAUGAUGGCUGAUCUCAUGUUCAGAAAACAGGACUAUGAACAAGCAGUGUUUCACUUACAGCAGCUUUUAGAACGCAAACCAGAUAAUUACAUGACAUUAUCUCGUUUAAUUGAUCUCCUAAGAAGAUGUGGAAAACUUGAAGAUGUUCCAAGAUUUUUCUUAAUGGCUGAGAAGCGUAACUCUAGAGCAAAAUUUGAGCCAGGAUUUCACUACUGUAAAGGACUGUAUCUUUGGUAUACUGGAGAACCAAACGACGCCCUUCGGCAUUUUAAUAAAGCUCGGAAAGAUAGUGACUGGGGCCAAAAUGCCCUUUAUAACAUGAUAGAAAUCUGUUUGAAUCCAGAUAAUGAAACUGUUGGAGGUGAAGUAUUUGAAAAUCUGGAUGGAGACCUGGGCAGCUCAACUGAGAAGCAAGAGUCUGUGCAAUUAGCAGUGAGAACAGCAGAAAAGCUCCUGAAAGAACUAAAACCUCAGACCGUUCAAGGUCAUGUCCAACUUCGCAUACUGGAGAACUAUUGCCUGGUGGCUACCAAACAGAAGUCUAAUGUUGAGCAAGCAUUAAAUACCUUCACUGAAAUAGCAACAUCUGAGAAAGAUCAUAUUCCAGCACUUCUGGGAAUGGCAACAGCUUAUAUGAUCUUGAAACAGACUCCAAGAGCCAGAAACCAGCUAAAGCGGAUUGCAAAAAUGAGUUGGAAUCCUAUUGAUGCUGAGGAGUUUGAGAAGAGCUGGCUGCUACUUGCUGAUAUUUAUAUUCAAUCAGCAAAAUACGACAUGGCUGAGGAGCUAUUAAAACGGUGCCUGCGUCAUAAUAGGUCUUGCUGCAAAGCUUAUGAAUAUAUGGGAUACAUUAUGGAGAAAGAACAAGCAUAUUCAGAUGCUGCCUUAAACUAUGAGAUGGCUUGGAAACAUGGCAAUCAGACAAAUCCAGCAGUAGGGUACAAACUGGCAUUUAAUUAUUUAAAAGGGAAAAAAUAUGUGGAUGCAAUUGAUGUAUGUCACCAGGUUCUUGAAGCACAUCCAACUUAUCCAAAAAUCAGAAAGGAUAUACUUGAUAAGGCCCGUGCGUCUUUGAGACCUUGAAUACUAUCUUAAUUUAUUGAUUAAACAGGAAAUGAAGGGAAUCUGGUUUUUAGCUCUUCCAGUUCAAAAUAAGUUUUUUUAGUGUGUUGUAAUAAAAGCAUACUUUCCUUUCUCCAGCAGAGGUUGCUGUUGUACAUGAAGAGCUGUGCCAAAUUGAUGUUUUAUCAUGAAGAAGUUGAAUGAGGGCAGGUCUAUUUGAUUGACUCUCUUGUGGUUAGGUACAGACUUGGCUCUCCAAGGUAGAGGUUAUAACCCAUUCAAUAGAGUAUUUUGUUAAAAUCUAAUUAAUUAAAUAUAACCCUAUAUCUUUCUUUUAUGGAGUAUUAGUUAUUUCAGGAAAUAUAUUUAAAACUUUAUUGUUCUCUGUUAAAAUUUUCGUAAUGUUUUAUCUUGUUUCAAAGAUUUGAGCAAAUUUUAUUGUAAAUUAUGAAAAGGAAAUAUAUAUUUUAAUAAAGAUUUUAUGAAUUCA